CUCCCACAGACACUUUCACAGACAGAGGCGGCCAGACAGUCAGCUAACAAUGCGCGCGCGCCAGAGCCGAAGGAAAAAAGCCCGCCGACGGUACCCCAGUUUUCGUUAUUCCGUCCAUUUUCUGCUUACCCUCGAUUUCUCUUUCGCCGUCACUCGACUCACACACACCUCCAGGGCUGGUUGCGUGCGCAUUGAGAAAAAAUCCCUCUUGUUCCUCUGACUCUAAAACACUUUUCCCUUCCUCCUCCUCUUCUCCCCUACACUCUCCGUUUUUCAAUCCCUCCUCCUCCACUUCUACCUCUUCCUCUCAAGCCAUCCACACGAUCAAAGACUUCACUGCAACACCCGUGAAGUACCAGCUCACCAACCGUCUCCACACUUCUCUGCGCGGUCCGGCGCCGACCUCGGCAACUUCAUCAUGUGCCCAACUCCAGACGAAGAAAAUGGCCACCAGUCAAAUGGCCACUCCAAUGGCCACGCCAAUGGCCAUGCCAAUGGCAAUGGUACCACCAAUGGCAGCGGACACCCGGGUUUCAAAGCCUUCGAGACACACACCGUCCGACCCGUUUCAAGUAACCCAUACGCCCCUGUCCAGGACUACCUGAGCAAUAUCGGCAAAUUCAAAAUCAUCGAGUCAACACUACGAGAAGGCGAGCAGUUCGCCAACGCCUUCUUCGACACCGAGACCAAGAUCAAAAUCGCCCGCGCCCUCGACGACUUCGGUGUCGACUACAUCGAGUUGACUUCGCCCGCCGCUAGCGAGCAGUCUCGGUUGGAUUGCGAGGCCAUCUGCAAAUUGGGACUCAAGGCCAAGAUUUUGACUCACGUGCGAUGCAACAUGAACGACGCCAAGAUGGCCGUCGCUACUGGUGUUGACGGUGUCGAUGUCGUCAUUGGUACCAGCAGCCACCUGAUGGAGCACUCGCACGGAAAGGAUAUGACGUACAUCAAGAACACUGCGAUUGAGGUCAUUGAGUACGUCAAGUCACAAGGCAAGGAGAUCCGAUUCAGUUCCGAGGACUCCUUCCGGAGCAACUUGGUCGAUCUGCUGUCGUUGUACAGCGCGGUCGACAAGGUCGGUGUGCACCGUGUGGGUAUUGCUGACACUGUUGGCUGUGCUACUCCUCGCCAAGUCUACGAUCUCGUCCGAACUCUUCGCGGCGUUGUCAGCUGUGACAUCGAGACCCACUUCCACAACGACACUGGUUGCGCCAUCGCCAACGCCUACUGCGCUCUCGAGGCCGGUGCCACCCACAUCGACACCUCAGUCCUUGGUAUCGGUGAGCGUAACGGAAUUACCACCCUCGGUGGUUUGAUGGCACGCAUGAUUGUCGCCGACCGUGACUAUGUCAAGGGCAAAUACAAGCUCGAGAAGAUCAAGGAGAUCGAGGACCUCGUGGCCGAGGCCGUCGAGGUCAACGUGCCCUUCAACAACCCCAUCACCGGUUUCUGCGCUUUCACCCACAAGGCCGGUAUCCACGCCAAGGCCAUCCUCAACAACCCCUCUACCUACGAAAUCAUCACCCCCUCCGACUUCGGCAUGAGCCGUUACGUGCACUUCGCCAGCCGUCUCACUGGCUGGAACGCGAUCAAGUCGCGUGCUGAGCAGCUCGGCCUGAACAUGUCCGACGCGCAAAUUAAGGCUGUGACCUUGAAGAUUAAGGCUUUGGCCGACGUUCGCCCGUUGGCCAUCGACGACGCUGACAGCAUCAUCCGUAACUUCCACUUCAACCUGUCUGCCGAGAAGGAGCGCCCGCUGUUGCCCCUCAGUGCAGAGGAGAAGAAGAAGUUCGUCAAGGCCGAGAUGGACCUGAACAAAGAGGCGGAGAAGCGCUCGAUCGACGAGCAGGCGGACGCUGAGGCCGAGGUCCCUGCGGCCAAAAAGGUCCGGACAGAGACCGUCGCAUAAACGCUGCCCUCGCAAAGCUUUGAGUCUGAGACUUGUCGAAACAACUCGAGUUAGAGGACAGGAGAAACUCGGAAAGAGGAGGAUGGAGCAAGGCUAUCGAACGAGAUCACGAAAUCCAUUCUGCGUUACACCAUCUCGUAACGGUCACGCAAGAAAGAAAAAAAAAAGGCAGAACGGUGGAGAAAAGCGUUGGAAAGGAGGGGUACGGCCAGGCUGCCAUCGGAACUGGCCCAAUGCUCAAAAGCAAGCAUUUGUUAAACUUUUGCUGGACU